AUGCUUCGAGAAAUUGCUCGACAUGUUGACUGGGUCACCGUAGGAGGUAGAUGGACUAGGUUCUCAGUCAUGGGGACUGACUUGUCCAAAGAAGCUUUAAAUUUAGACAGUAAAGGAGAGGAAGAUAAUCGUGUGGUUAUACUCAUGAUCCCAGGCAAUCCUGGUAAUGAAGGUUUUUAUGCCGAUUUUGGAAAGCGACUUCUACGUAGCUUACUUGCUAGAGCUGAAAGAAUAGGAGAUAAGAAGUCACAAUUUUUGUUCUACACUGUCUCUCACCUAAAUCAUGUCGUUCUACCGAACGAGCUCAGGUCUUGUGCUGAGCCUAAGUAUAACGAUCGUUUUCUACUCGAUGUGCAAGUUCAGCAUAAGCUUGAUUUCGUCAAAGAGUAUCUCCCCAAGGGCAAUAAGAUUUAUGUGUUGGGUCACAGUAUUGGCUCUUACAUGAUGUUGAGAAUACUUCCUUACAUAAAAGAUGAUUAUAACAUUCGGAAGGCUAUCGCUCUCUUCCCUACAAUUGAAAAAAUGGCGGAGACUCCUAAUGGACUUCGCUUGAAGAGACUACUAUCUGCUCUGGAUAUGAAUGAUUGGCUCACAAAAUCCCUCACUUUCUGGCUCGAUUGUCUUCCCGUUUCUCUAAAGAAAUGGCUAGUUAGCUUCAAUUUAGGAGAUGCAGCUCCUGCAGAGGUUGUAUCUUCUGCCGCAGAGCUUCUUCAUAUGCAUGUAUUCCGUAAUAUAGUACAUAUGUCUAGUGAUGAGUUGGAGAAGGUUUGUGCGUUAGAUGAACAGUUGAUAUCGAACCCAAGCAUGAUUUAUUUCUACUACGGAACGACUGACGGAUGGUGUCCUUUGUCGAUGGGAACCGAAAUGGAGUCCAGGAUGCCGAAAGGACACGUAGUCAUUGAUGACAAAGAGUGUGAACAUGCUUUUGUUAUUCGAGACGGUGCCGUAAUGGCGGACAAGCUACUUCAGUUCUUUUAA